CCUGCCCUUCCGGGUGUCAUUGCAACGGUGCUACAGUUACAUGUAACAACAUAAAGGUUUUCCCCGAAUGUCUGCCAGCGGGAUCAACAAGACUUACAGUAUACAACUCAAAGAACCUGACUACAAUAUCCAGCAUUCCCAAGGACUUAACUUACCUAGAAGUAACAGAUACUAGUGUAUAUAGCGUGUCAAAACACGCUAUCGCAGACGCUUCUAUGUUACAUACCCUGAUGUUCAGUUAUAACGAUCAGUUAAGACAACUUGAUCUAGGUGAACCGAGUGAUGAUACCCAUCCAUUGACAACUCUAAAUCUGACGAAAUGCUCAGUGCUGAGUGAAGUCAACAAUGUCAAAGAAUAUAUCAACUUGGAAUUUAUUACUAUAUUUUCCUGUAAUAUUCAAGAAAUAGAUGAUGACAUGUUCAAAGGACUUCGAAAAGUGAAGACACUUGAUAUUUCACAUAACCACCGACUGGAGGACAUUGAUCGAGAUGCUUUUGAGGACUUGGACGCUUUGGAAAGUCUCAUCAUGAAUGAUUGCUUGUUAAGGAAGCUCUAUUCGGCAUAUUUUGAUAACGCCUAUCAUAAAAAUUUGAAAUACGUCAAUACAUUGCUAAAUCCUCUUCAGUGCUAUAAGAUGUGUGAUUUCAUGCAAUGGUAUUGGGGACAUUCAAGUUUUCUCAGUUAUGCUUUUAUCGGAAGCUGCACAAUUCAAAGCUACGGAAACACGUAUGUGUACAUAGUUUCCGAUUUAAACCGAUAUGAGGCAGGAUGUCCAAAAGAUAUCGGUGUAAUCAUAGGCGCAACACUUGGAGCAUUUUUUAUCAUCUGUAUUGCAGCAUGCGUUAUUGUAGUUGCUUGUGGAAUUGAUUACCGAAAAUACUGUUGCUUUUGUUGCGAAAGCCAGAGGAAUCGAAGAAUUUCUAGCGAUAACAGUACUGCCAAUAAGGAUCAAGAUCACACUUACGCCACGGUGUACUAGACACAAAAUGAAAAGGCACAUAUUAACUACCCUGAAGGUGCCAUGUAUACUGCCGCGCCACCAAGUUACGAAGGUGUCACAAAAGCCGUGGA